AUGAAACUAAGAAUGCAAGGAAGAGAUGGGACAAAACUGAAGAAAAAAGACACAAGAAGGUCUUCAUCAAAUGAGUCGUCUUCAUCCGAAUCUGACUCAUCUUCAUCUCGUUCCACUGGUUCAUCAUCAUCCUCUUUUGUAGAGAAAAGAACUCUCCUCUCACAGCCGCACACAGGAGAGUCAUUAUCCCUUCAUGUUAUUGAGGUCUCUAAAGGGCAAGAGAAGAAUUCUCCGCCGCAAAUGGAAAUGACUGAGAGUGCACCACUAAAUAAAGCCAGUGUCUCCCAGCUUAAUCAGGCACCCAUCCAAGAUGACAGCCAAGGAAGACACGGCAGUGAUCAUGAGAAGGAAAAGCCUGAAAGGAGUCAAGGAGAGCAUGCUGUUUCAGUUCCAGAGAAGGGUGCUGAGGGCAACAAUGAAACACCCAAAGCAUUCUCAACUCGUAAGAUCUCUCUUAGCAGCAGCAAAUCUUCACCUGGCAGUACAGAGAAUGAGCACGAGUUGGGGUCUGCAGGUGGUCGUAAAAGGCGGUGGGGCUCUAGUACAGCUGUCACUGCAAAAAAACCUUCUAUCAGCAUCACUACAGAUUCUCUAAAGUCAUUGAUUCCAGACAUCAAACCAGCCUUAAACCAAGAAAUUAUGGACCUUGACGCUGAAGAUCCGGUCCUGUCUGAAACUGACGAUGAGGACAAGGACCAUGCCGACCAAGAUCUCCAAAUCUGCCGAACAGUGACACAAAUUGUAAAUGUGGAGAACAAAGAGAAUGGUGAAAAAGAAACAAAAGGACUAGAAGAGUUGGAGGAAGAUGUACAAGAUGAAACUGAGACCAAAACCUAUGAUGAGGAUCCAACAUUGCAAGCCAUACAAGCACACUCUCCAUUGUGCACUCCUCAUGAAGAAGUUAACACUGUGACUCCUAGAGAUAACAACAUUCGUCGUUCAAUCAGCCAACAGAAAAUGGGUGUCUCUAUUACCAUUGACGAUCCUGUGCGUACUGCUCGACAGCCAUCACCACCUCGGGGAGAUGUUUCUAAUAUUGUUCAUGUGUGCAACCUGGUAAGGCCAUUUACACUGGGACAACUCAAAGAACUGCUCAGCAGAACAGGCACUCUUGUGGAAGAUGGUUUCUGGAUUGACAAGAUAAAGUCUCACUGCUAUGUCACUUAUUCAACCUCUGAAGAAGCAGUUGCCACAAGGCAAGCCCUUCAUGGUGUGAAAUGGCCUCAAAGCAACCCAAAGGUUCUUAGAGUAGAUUUUUGUCAGCAGGAUGAGUUGGACUUUCACAAAGGUUUGAAUUCUGCCGAAGGACCCAGAGUUGGAGUAUUUAGUCAUGGUCAAAGUCUUCACCCACUCCUCCCAGUGAGAGACCAAUGGGCUGAGCGUGAACGUGAAAUGGGCCGUCGGGAGCAAGCAAGAGCAGACCGGGAAUGGGACCGGGAUAAGAUCCGAGAAUUUGGAAAGACCCCAGAAGAGAGGGAGGCAGGUGCACAUAGAUCUAGGUCUAGAGAGAGACGCCGUAAGGAUAGAGAAAAGAGCAAGGAGAUGAAAGCCGAGAAGAAGGACAAAACAGAAGAUCCACCGGCUAAAAUGCUUGAUGAUCUCUUCAGAAAAACGAAAGCAGUUCCUUGCAUAUACUGGCUUCCCCUCACAGAGGAACAGUAUCUUCAGCGUGAAACUGCAAGAAUUGAAAGAAGGAAAGAGCGCGAACAGCAACGAAAAAGGGAAGAGGAGGAAGCGGAGCUGAAGAAAAAAGAAGAAAAUAAGGAGAGAAUGAGAGCUGGAGGUGGCAUUACGGUUGAUCGCAGUGAGGCCGAUAAAGACAAGAUCAGAGACAGAGAACGAGCCAGAGACCGAGGUAGGGAAAGGGACAGGGAGGCGGACAAACGCAAAGAGGGUUAUCGUAGGCCUGGUGGCUACGCACCCCCUAGUGGACGGCGUUCGCGCAGCCGAAGUGACCCCCGAGAACGUAGGCGCUAA